CACCGUCUCCCAGUGGAGUUCAUUCUCACACGCAGCCCUAAACAACACGUCGCCCAGCACGCGGCGUGCACAUCACGCUCCUUAACCGCCGCACAGCAGAAGCAGCCACUCUAGCCACCCCUUCGCAGCAUUCCCUUCGCAGCAUUCCUUCACUCGCCAAUUCUUACCACCUGAUUCUGUGGUCCCGAGCUGUGGCGGUGCCCACCUUGGACUCCCGGACAGUAGUGCAGUGGUCCAGUGCUUUUUGAGGUCCAGACGCACCCACGCCCGAACAGCAGCGAGCACCUCGAGCAUCUCACCUGCAGCCUCCCGCAAAGGCUGCCCUCGAAUAGCUCGCGUCCGGUCUCUCUCGAUAAUGCGUUCGCCGCAAGCCACCACGACCGAGCUCCCUACCUUUCCGCUCGAAUGAGCACCGCUGCGCGCUACCACGUCCGCCGCUAUGGCUGACGCCCUAUACCGUGCUGGCACCACCACUACCAUCUCCCACUGGACUCUCACCGACGACGUGCCCAGCUCCAGCUUCCCCUACGACACGCCCACCUCGACCCCCUCGCGCCUCCAGUACGUCGCCUACAGGCCCCCGAGCUGCGACACGCCGCCCGCCUCCCCGCCGCCGCGAGACCCUUACAUACAGCAGCGAAAUGGACUGAGUGCGAAGAGAGGACUGCUGUUGAACAUGGACACCGCCGUUUCUCCCGCCUACGAGCGUCGUGCCUACAGCCCUGCUCCCUCCGAGAGCCCCACCCUCCAAUCCGUCGCCCUACCUUCCCCCAACUUCCCACCCCCACGACAGCGAGCACCCUCCCUUCUCCGCCAUGCCGCCGUGUCCUUGCCCCAGUACGCACAAUUGCCCCAGAACGAAGGCCCCACAUCAUCACCAGUCAUGGCCCCCGCGAUGCGACGGGAUGGCAGUGGGCCCGGCUCUCCAGACCUACGCGCUAUCUUCAACCCUCUCGCCAGUAAUCCCCCCACAUCGAACGGACCACAGUGGAAUUCUUCGUCAGAAGACGUAUCUGGCUCGAUAUCGCCCGUGCGAGCACGCGGCUACACCAGCUCGUCACAAGCCUCGUUCAACCCCACGCCGCCAUUGCGCUCCGUAACCUCGAUACCCGACUACGGUCAGUACCGUAGUGGCGAGCGGUCGAACCUGUCCGGCACAUACAAGCCCAACCGUGGAGUGCCGAACUGGUCUCACUCGGACUACUACCCUCCACCACCGAUUCGACAGCUGCGAGGCGAGGAGCCCCGUUUCAGCUCGAGGUCAGGCUAUACAAACACCUCCUCAAGUGUGAUGGAGGCUAGCACAGAAAGAAGCAGCAUAGCAACGGCGCGCAGCUCUGUGGCUAGUGACCGUCAGAACAGCAUAUACUCGAGAGACCAAUCGAGGGACCGUCUACGCGACCGCGACGAUUCGCCGGAGACAAUACAGACUUCGGAGGUUGCUGAAGAGGAGGAAGAGCAGGAUCAGUUCAGCGCUGUUGACGAUGUUAUCGACGCCUACUGCUAUGAUGAGGACGAGCGAGGCUACUCGAUGAUGGGCGAGAAAGCACGAGACCCGUCUCCAAUGGCUUUGGAUCUGGAACCGCCUGAGCUAUCACAGACGCCAUCUCGCGAUAUUGAAUCGCUGUCCUCAUUCCAGUCGUCUGAAAACCUCAAGCAAUGGGAUAGUUCCCCAGCACCGCCUCUCAAUGGCAUGAUAGCGAAGGCCGGGAUGAGAAAGCACCGUCUCUCAAUCCGCCCACCAUCUGCGACAGAUACCUUAGAUCAGAGUCUACUUGACGAUGAUACACAAGGCGGAGCAGAGGGCGAGUUGAAGCCGCAUCAAAUACCUCCGCUAGCACAGAUCAGUCCUUUCCAGGCCCAAUACACACCAAGAACGAUCGAAGCUGUCACAGCCUUGACAAACAAGAAGAUGUCGGAUGAAAGGCAACGAUCGAGUGAGGAGCUGCCCCGACGGAUAUCGAUGACCCUGCAGGCCCUGUCACUUGGUGCGCCGAGCACACUAGUACAGACCCCGGAUGACGGACUGCCCGCUAGGGUACCGAGUGCCAAGCGGGCCCAAAUGUCGGAGAUUCAUCGCGAGAUCGCUGCUCUGCCACGACUGCCCAUGAACAGGUCGCGUAUGUCGCGACGAGAUUGGGCCGACAUUGAGGCGUACUCGAGAAGGCAUUCAAAGAGGCCGAGUGCAUCUCGGUUGGCAUCGACGGAGUCGGUAGCGAAGGUGGACCCUGCUCUGCAGUCACCACCGCUGCAGAAGUCUCAGCCACUGCCGGAAGUUGAUGAGGACGAAGCUAUCCCGCGUCGAGCAUCGACCAGUGUGUACGACCGAAAGAGUGGGUUUGGGUUGGACUCGUUUUUGAAGCCCACAAAGACCGCCGAGGCAAAGCCCACAGCUGCACCCACACAGAACGUGCAGGCUCCAGGAAUUGCGCCAGCAGUGCGGAAGAUGGCGAGUCCAGCGGAGCGCGAUCGUUAUGGAUUCAAGAAAGAAUCGCUGAACGUCAGCGUACAAGAGCACAAUGCCUGGGCGGCGAGAUAUGAAGAGCAUAUCAGCAGGCGCCGAAACAAGUGGAUAGCGUUGAUGACCAAGCAGGGCCUUCCAACGACUGAGCCUACCAAGUUCCCUGAGAUGAACGAGAAAGUCAAGCGUUAUGCUCGCAAAGGCUAUCCUCCGGAGUGGCGUGGAGCUAUGUGGUGGUACUACUCUGGCGGCCAGCACACGCUCCAGCAGAAAGAGCAUAUCGGCUUGUACGCUUCGCUGGCAGCACAAGUCAAACGGGACGAGCUGAACAAGGACGACAAGGAUGCGAUCGAGCGUGAUCUCGACCGCACGUUCCCUGACAACAUCCACUUCCGCCCCGAACCAGCGACUGACCUCCUCGAUGGAGAGUCUGAUGACGAGCCCGCUCUGAUCCAAGAUCUGCGCGAAGUUCUCUCCUGCUUCGCGCUCAACAACCCGAGCAUCGGGUACUGCCAAUCGCUCAACUUUAUCGCUGGCCUUCUGCUCCUGUUCCUUAAGCAAGACAAGGAGAAGGUCUUCAUCCUCCUCACGAUCAUCACUCAGAUUCACCUUCCCGGCGCCCACGCCCGCUCUCUCGCAAAUACGGAAGUUAAUGUCCUCAUGAUGCUCAUCAAAGACUACCUUCCUAAAGUAUGGGCCUCUAUCAACGACACUGAUCUCAUCAACUCCGGCGCUGGCUCUCAUGCACACCCAAACUCGAAGUUUCAACGCCAGCCUACCGUAGCCCUGUCUUGCACAUCGUGGUUUAUGUCCCUCUUCGUCGGUGUCCUUCCUAUUGAGACAGUUCUCCGAAUCUGGGACGCCUUCUUGUAUGAAGGACCCCGGGCGCUCUACCGCUAUGCGCUCGCCAUCUUUAAGCUUGGCGAGCCUGAGAUUAGGAAGUACCGACCGGGUGAUGGGGAGUUGUUUAUGCUUGUCCAGAAUCUGCCCAGGACGUGCAUUGAUCCGAACAUUCUUCACGACUUCGCCUUUGUCAAGAAAGGAUUCGGGAGCUUAAGUCAAGGAGUCAUUGAUCAGAAGAGGCUGUUCUGGCGUGAACAGAACAAAACGAUUGCGCAUCAGAACUCUGUCAAGAGUGCGCGGCAAAACCAACAAGGCCUUGCGGUGCCAAGUCAGAAACAAGAGGGCGACGAGACAGACGGCGAGAGCGUCCGGCGCACAAUGGGCGGUCUCAGAAGAAAGGCCAGCCGGAGAUUCAAACGCAUGAGAAGUUAAUCUCUCCUUCUCUCACCGACGCCACACCAUACACUUCCGCAACACAACGCGGUAUUUCCUUUUCCUUGUUUCUUAUAAGUUCUCAUGGCGAGCGGCGUUCAGCAUACACCGAUAUACAUACAGGUGGAGGUCAGGCGUACAAAAGGCAGCGAACUUGAGUUCUUGUAUAAUAAUUACCAUAUACCCCCUUUGUGUGGGAUGGGAGGUUACCUAGAGUAGCGGGCGAUCGUAAGAAGGGAGAAAGGCCCUAGUAGGAGGCAAGGAUGGACAUUGGUACCUAAUGACACAUGACUUGAUGACCUCGAGAUUAGUUUCAC